AUGAAUGUCAGCGAAGAGAAUCUGCUCAAGUCCAUCAGCAACGAUGCGCUCCUCGACCUGACGCAGCGCUACGGACAGUCAGCCUUUGGGUUUGGCACUGGCCAUGGUGCUGGAAGUCCCGGCCGGUUCCAGCUCACACCAGCCACCGACUUCCUCUCCGGGCAGACCGCGAAGUCCAACGAGAGUGGCGGGGAGCACACGAGCGACGACGAGGACGGUUUCGACUCGUUGGACUCCCGGAAGAGGGGCUCGUCGUUCGGGGACGACAAGCCCGGGGGGCCCCUCGCCAAGAAGUCCAAGGAGCAGCGGUCCCUGCGGCUCAGCAUCAACGCCCGGGAGAGGAGGAGGAUGCACGACCUGAACGACGCACUGGACGGCCUGCGCGCCGUUAUCCCCUACGCCCACAGCCCCUCGGUGAGAAAACUCUCCAAAAUAGCCACUCUCCUCCUGGCCAAGAACUAUAUCCUCAUGCAGGCUCAGGCUCUGGAGGAGAUGAGGCGGCUGGUGGCUUAUCUAAACCAGGGACAGACUAUAACUUCACCAAUCCCCACCGCCCUGGCGCCCUUUGGACAAGCUGCCGUCUACCCGUUCUCGGGCUCUGCACUCGCCACCUGUGCUGAAAAGUGCACCACUUAUUCCGGGACACCGUCGAGUCUCUUCAAACACUGUAACGACAAGCCUUGA